AUGUCUCAAGCACCGGUUGCUGCUAUGCGGGAUGAGGAGUUAGAGCAGAAAGUGAAAGACCUGGAGGGUUACCUCUGUGGAAUCGCGAAAGGAGGACCACAGGAAUGCCUCAUUGAAUACAACAAGGGUGGGAAACCUUGACUUCCAAUGUCCAAUGGGACAGUUUACCGAAGGCCAACAUGACCUGAUCUCAGAUAUGUUAAUGGUGUUGUUCGGUGCCACUGGUGACCACUCCGCAGCAUAUAUUUCAAAGGUCCUGCUCCCUGAGGUCCUCAUUAAAUUGUAUAUGUACACCAAAGGAUUUGAAUAUACCAAGGCCGAGGAGUGUGUGUAGAUGAGUAGCCCAAAAUAAUGUGUUUUUAAACAUUGUAUUUUAGGACCAUUCCUAAGCAGAUUUGUGAGAGCAGAUGGGACUGCUACGGAACCACCACCUUCGUUGCUGCCACUCUUUCCGGAGCCCUUACCUGAUGGCAUUGUACCGCCCACAGGAGAGUCGAUGCGAACAUCUGAUGUUGUACCGCCGGCAGAGACAUCAGAGGGGAGGAAGGCAUUAUUGAAAAUCUUAACUACGUAUUGUUUAUUUCCGGCAACCAGGAAAAUCGAUUAUAAUUAGAAGAAAUGUCCUCAUGUGUUUUUAAUCUUUCCAGAGAAAACAUACGACUGAUGAGGAGAAAGAAGAAAGUUAAGAAGAAUUCGACCAUCAAGGAAAUAGAGAAGCCUCCCUGUCCUUCGGUUAUUCAGACAUCAUCUGAAGGACUUUGA